GAAUGCUCUUGAAUCAUCGGCACAGCAAUGGCUCGGCGGGCAAACUCUCGCGGUGGAGUCUUCUAGAUCAACAGCGGUCGCCCAGAGCCACGCCCUAUUUGACUUGAGAAGACGACGCCAUGGCCGCCGUGGCCUCUAGAUUUGCAGGAUUGUGCGCUUUGCUCAAGAAUCGCCGGCGAGAAAGGACGCCUGCGGUGUUCAUCCAUUCGCUGUCACUCUGCUCCUCUCCUCUUUCUCCUGCCUCCUCCUCCGCCUCGCCUUAUACCAAGCUUGCAAGCCACUGCCAUUUUUUCCACCGCUUUACAACUAGAAUGGAGUUCUGGUCACAGGGAUCAAUUGAUACAAAUGAAGGUUUGGUGGAGCAGUUGAAACAAUAUGGUGCAAUCCAAUCAAAUAAAGUUGCAGAAGUAAUGAAGACUAUUAAUCGUGCCUUGUUUGUACCUGAAGGCUCUCCUGCAUACGUGGAUAGCCCAAUGCCAAUAGGUUAUAAUGCAACAAUAUCUGCUCCUCAUAUGCAUGCAACUUGUCUUGAACUAUUGAAAGAACAUCUACAACCAGGCAUGCGUGCCCUGGAUAUUGGUUCAGGGACUGGUUACCUAACGGCAGGCUUUGCAUUGAUGGUUGGACCACAUGGUCAUGCAGUGGGUGUCGAGCACAUACCAGAACUAGUUGCCUCUUCUAUUAGUAGCAUUAAAAAAAGUGCUGCAGCAUCAUUACUCGAGGAUGGUGUUCUCUCUGUGCAUGUUGGUGAUGGAAGACUCGGUUGGCCUGAAUUGGCACCUUAUGAUGCUAUUCAUGUCGGUGCCGCUGCGCCUGAAAUCCCUCCAGCAUUGCUUGAGCAGUUAAAACCUGGUGGAAGAAUGGUCAUUCCCGUUGGAAGCUACUUCCAGGAUUUGAAGGUGGUGGACAAGAACGCAGAUGGAUCCAUCAGCGUUCACAGUGCAACUUCUGUGCGAUAUGUUCCUUUGACAAGCCGAGGUACUCAGCUACAGGGAAACUAAUGGCACCGUAGACAAAUGAUGUCAAAGCAAGCCUGUCUGUGAUGCAUAUAUAAAGCCUUUAAGAUUUCUAUCGCCAGAGAUCGAAUACAUUGUAAAUCUUCAUCCAUGUUCUUGUUCCCAGUUUGUCUAUAGCAAUCUGCACGACGGAUAAAAAACGUCUUUUUUCUUGGCACUUAAAGUACUUGUGUAGUUUUUGGAACAGUCGCGUCUGCUGCAUAUUGGCUUUGUAAGUACAGAAGGUUUAAAAAAGAUUGGAAAAAAAAAAAUCUAAGCAAGAACUCAUUUUGCA